GACUGAGGCUCCUCGUGAGUGACCCAUAAAAGCCAGUGGAUGUCAUUGUGGCAGAGUUGUUGGUGUUGGAAUCCAUGCUUUCGUCUAGUGCUUCUUGGAAUGCUUCGUAGUCUUUCAUCCAUUCCAUACAAAAAUCAUGUGGGACGACAUCAUUCUUGUUGAAUACAAUGACAAGGGGCAGACGCGUGCGGUAAAACAUGCUGCAAGCGUACAACAUAUUGCUCAUGAAUGUGUUGGGGCUGGAAGCACAUCGAGCCGUGUCGACGACAAAGCAAAGAACCGUGGGAAAGGCCGAUGCCAAAGAUUCGCUGACGAUGGUCCCCGAUGCACUCCACGUGAAGGCUUCAAUUUGUCCGGGGGUAUCCACAAGAAUAUAAUCCAUUCCAAUAGCGGCGAUGUUGUCGUCUUCGUCGUUUUCUUCCUCUGUAGUUUCUUCGCCUUUUUCAGUCUCAUUGGUUUCUUCUUCGUCGUCUGGUUCCUUUUUCUCUGACUGCCCGUACGCCCGCUGUUCCAAAAUGGCCAUGAUCUGAUCAAAUUUAGUCGUCAGCAAAUUUAAGGAGGUAAGAAUGGCUCCAUUGGGUCCCAGUUUGUGUUGUCUCAUGACUUCCUUGUAGUUGAUCGUGUCCCGAAUAUCAAUGGCGGCGCCGUAGGCCAAAUGAUGGGUAGCUGGAUCCAAAUUGAUGCAGUAGGUGGGUACAGUGGAAGCAGCAGCCACAUUCUCUUGUUGCUGUUGUUGUUGGUCAAUCGCAGUCUCGCCAUCUUCGUCAGCUUUUGGUUCUCCCUCUCCAUCGGCCUUGUCUUGCUUAGUCGUGGUGGUGGGUUUGGCCUUGUUGGCCGCAUGGUAUUGCAUUUGGGCCAUCAAACUGCUCUUUCCAGAACCAGCCAUACCAACCACAAUCACACAUAUUGGAGUCUUUUGGCCCUUUUCCAGGCGCUCAACGAUGGGUGGGAGACCAGGGCUAGUCGACAUGGUGGUGGUUUCAGGAUCGUGUUGUUGGGAGAAAGAGUUAGUUUGUGCUGCUUGCUUGGUUGGUUGUGAGAAAGAGAGGAACGCCAAAAGCCCAAAAGAUUUGCCAUUCACGAGUGUUUUUAAUCCCGAAUAAAGAAUCUUUUCCACGCACGUUUGAUUCGCGCUCUGAGCAGUUUUCUGCGCGCAACAGAAUUGACACCUGGCAGCUUGGAUACCAACAUUCGAAUGCCCUCUUUCCUCUUCUUUGGUUUGGAUCCAUGAAUGGGUUAAACUGGCGAGCCCAAUGACAAGAUCCAGUACUGGAGCUACCUGAUUUCCACGUUGACUGGUCCACAGGCAUCUGAAAUGGUAAAAACACCGGAUACGCGAAACAAAGCUGUGCCAAUUUCAGGAAAGAAAAAAGUAGCAGACACCCGAUAGUAGACCAGUAUCCGAGCAGACAUUACAUUGUCAUUCAGACCUGUCAGUCGCUGCCAACGAACUGAAGUACAUAAUAUUUUUCCAAACCUUUCUAUCUCAAUCUCUGAGAGACCAAAGCUUUCGAAUAGAACCAGUCCUUUUUUGAUAUCCAUCGUACCUUUAUUGAUUGAUCGAUUGAAACUGUUCCACCAUGAAGAUCCAACGAUUGGCGUUCCAAGCAUUGGCGCUCUUGGCUCUCAACCAACACAUGGGAUUUGAUGGCCAUGUCAAAUCAGGCAUCAUGAUGGCUUUCGCCGACGAGGGUGCCGAGGCGGCAGCCGAAGAAGAACCACCGGUGGAUGUUGUCGAUGAAGCUGAAGCCACCACUCCGGAGGAAUAUGCUCCACCUGCAAACGCUGAAAAUUACCAAUUCCAGGCUGAAGUGCACCGCAUGUUGGAUAUUGUCGUCAAUUCUCUUUACCAAAACAGGGAUGUCUUUUUGCGAGAAUUGAUCAGUAAUGCCAGCGAUGCUCUGGAUAAAUUCCGUUACUUGACUUUGACUCAGGGAGACCAGUACAAGGGCGACGAUAUCCCUCUCAAAAUUGAGUUGGACUACGACAAAGAUGCUGGAACUUUGACAAUCCGAGAUACUGGCGUGGGUAUGACACACGAUGACAUGAUCCAAAAUCUUGGUACCGUGGCUCGUUCCGGAACCACCAAGUUUUUGGAGGCUCUCAAGGAAUCUGGAGGAGAGACCGGUGGUGGCGUCGAACAAAUUGGACAAUUUGGUGUUGGUUUUUACUCGGCAUUUUUGGUCGCUGACCGCGUCACUGUCGCUUCCAAGAGUCCCUUGAGUGAUGAUCAAAAUAUCUGGGAGUCUGUCAAUGGUGAAAGUGAAUUCCACAUUUACGCCGAUCCUCGUGGAAAGACGAUGGAUCGCGGAACUGAAAUUACUCUGCACCUCAAGGAUGACUGCAAGUACUAUGCCAAGUAUGAAAAGCUCAACCAGUUGGCCACGCACUACUCUGAGUUUGUUGUGCACCCCAUCUACAUCAAGAAAGUAACCGAAGAAGAAGUAGAAGAUGAGGAUGCUGAGGAAGACGAGCCAGAAGAAAAACCCGAAAAGCCGGAAGGCGAAGAAGAUCUCGAAGUUGAGGAGGAAGAAGAGGAAGAAAAGCCGAAGAAGAUGAAGACCGUCACCACUGAAACUUGGGAUGAAGUGAACUCCAAACAAGCUCUCUGGACUCGCUCUCCCGAGGAAAUUUCCGACGACGAAUACCAAUCAUUCUGGCACAGUUUGAACGGAGACGAGUUUAGCAAUGCCACCUACUGGACCCAUUUCAACGCUGAAGGUAACAUCAACUUUAAGAGUCUCAUGUACAUGCCCAGUGAAAUUCCACCCGAAUUGAAGUCUGGCAGUGUUGACCAAUUCACAUCGGGAAUCCGCAUGUAUGUCCGCAAAGUCUUGAUCAGUGACAGCUUUGAAUUGAUGCCACGAUACUUGAGUUUCGUCAAGGGUGUUGUGGACUCCGACGACCUUCCCUUGAAUGUCAAUCGUGAAACCCUUCAGGAAAGCAAGAUUAUCGCCAUCAUUAGAAAGAAGCUGGUCAGAAAGACAUUGGACAUGUUCAAGGAGUUUUCCAAGAAGAAAGCACCCAAAGAGGAAGAUGAGGAAGCCGAAGCUGAAAUCGGAGCCGACGGCACUGUGACCGAGACGGAAAAGGACGAAGAUGACGGUCCCUCUCCGUACUUGGAAUGGUACAAGAAGUUCAGUACUUCCUUGAAGCUUGGCCUUCUUGAGGACAACCCCAACCGAAAGCGCCUGAUGAAGCUGCUCCGAUUCCAAACAUUGAAGUCUGACGGCGAGUACAUCAGUUUGGACGAGUACGUUGAAAACAUGAAGGAAUGGCAAGACGAAAUCUACACCCUGGCUGGAGCCGAUGCUGACACUAUCAAGAAAUCUCCUUUCCUCGCCCCCUUUGGAGAGAAGGACGUCGAUGUUAUCUUCAUGGACGAACCAAUUGAUGAAUACUGGGGUGGCCAGAUCAAGGACUAUGAAAGCACCAAGUUCACUGAUAUCUCCAGGGAAAAUGUCAAGUUCAAGGACGAAGAUGAGGAUUUGGUCAAGCGACGCGAGAAGGCUUACAAGAGCAAGCUCAAGCCCUUGACCAAGUGGCUCAAGAAGCUGUACGAAGCUUCUAUCAUGCGUGUGGCCAUUUCGAGUCGUCUCGGAUCGUCCCCUGCCAUUGUUUCGAGCACCCAAUACGGAAACUCUGCCAACAUGGAACGUAUCUUGCGAGCACAGACAUUGACCCACGAUGGCGGAUCACCCAGUAUGUCCAUGAAGAUUUUCGAAAUCAACCCUCGCCAUCCACUGGUCUUGAAGCUGCUCGACGGCGCCCCUGAGGAUGAUGAUGGAACACCUGAUACUGAUGUUGUGGAUGCCGCUUGGGUUCUACAUGACAUGGCUAUGAUGAACGGUGGUUACCCCAUUUCAGACCCAGCGGCCCAUGCCAUGCGCAUGACAAAGUUUAUGCAAUCUCAACUCGGAGUUGAUUCUCUGACUUUGGAACCUGAAAUCGACCCACCUGAAGAAGAGGAGGAAGCGCCUGAGUUUGACUUGGAUGGCAUGCCAGACAUGGGCGGCAUGAACAUGGACGACUUUGACCUCGGAAGCUUGGACUUGGAUUAGAGAGCUGACUGCCACUUCAAACCACAACGAAACUCUUUUAGGAUCUUGUAGGGGCUCAAUGUCACGACUUAGUAACCAUCCUGAUUGAACUCUU